AUGAAUGGUCGAAAAGCGAAUGGAGCCCUUGAAGACAAUACUGGUCUAAAACGAUUAAUAAAUAUGGAAAAAGGAACUGUUUUUGGGCGAACUGCUUCAUCUUGGGCAAAAAUAUUGUUAUUUUACGUCGUUUUUUAUGCAUUCCUCGCAUCGUUCUGGUUUGCUUGUUUGAUGGCAUUUUUAUCGACACUUGAUGAUAAAAUGCCUCGUUAUUACGGCAAAGGUACCAUUAUUGGGAUUAAUCCAGGUGUUGGUUAUCAACCUUGGUUAGUCGAAGAUCCUGAUUCGACGCUUAUCAAAUUUAAUAUAAGAGAUCAAAAAUCGUAUCAGAAAUAUGUUGAUACACUAAAUGAAUAUUUAAAGAAAUAUGAAAAUAAAACAGAUACGCGUAUUUGCAGUGAUACUGAAAGUAAUGCUGAUUUGUUCAAGGAAGGUUCACCCAAACUUCAAGCACUUAAUGGAAGUGAUGUGCCUUUGGCGUGUCAGUUCAAUUUAACCAUUUUCAACGAAGCAGGAUGUGGUGCAGAUAAUGAAUAUGGUUUUAAAAAUGGCCAACCAUGUGUAUUCCUAUUGCUCAAUCGUCUAAUUGCUUGGAAGCCAGUAGAUUUUGCAGUUGAUUCGGUACCUGAAAUUAUCCGUGAUCGAUAUAAACCAAAUUUUAUCACUUUUAAAUGUGAUGGAACGAGCGAUUUUGAUAAGGAGCAUAUUGGUAAUCUUGAAUAUAUUCCUGAAGCUGGUAUAGAUGGUCGAUAUUUUCCAUACACUGUGCUAUCAAAUUAUCAUCAACCAGUGGCAGUGGUAAAAUUUAAAAAUUUACCACGUAAUAAGGUGGUGUUGGUUGAAUGUCGAGCAUAUGCUCAAAAUAUCGAACAUGAUGUAUCAUCGAAAUUGGGCCUUGUUAAUUUCGAAUUGCUAAUAGAAGAUGGUGAAAUUGAAAAAAAUGCAGCACAACGAUUUCGGUAA